GAAAACAAAUAACUUGGACAGAAGAGUAAGAAGGAAAGGUCGUUUUUUCAUGGUGCUUAGGCUAAGUCGAGUACUGAAACAAGGUGUUUGGAUGAAUCUUUAUUGAUAAACAUACUAAUCAUUAUGGGCUACAGCUACUACGACACCCCAGAUGGAGAGGACUGUUUCCAAAAAAUGUGGUAUACCACUAAAUAUGCCACACUAGCUGCACUUGGAAUCUCAGCUUAUGAUAUCGCCUUAGUGAGUCAUCCUCAGGGAUAUUUACAAGCACUUGGUAGGAUAAACUAUUGGGUAGCUCCAUUUGCAACUAUGGGAGCUGUGUUUAGUGCUACUACAUGUGUUGCAACAAACUUGAGAAAGAAAGAUGAUCCACUAAACUAUUUCAUUGGAGGAUGUGCAGCUGGCAGCAUCAUGGGAGCCAAAUAUAAAAGCUUAGGUGUUGGACUAGGAAUGUGUGCAACUCUUGGCAUAGCUGGCUGGCUCAAGAGAUUUGGUAUUGACAAUGGAUUUGUUUGGUUUCCAGUAAAGGAGGACAGACAGGAUACUUUCCUGAAUUACUAUAAGCAUGAUUGGAGCAAAAAUAUAGUCCCUGACCCAGGAAAAGAUCAGUAAAUGAUUUGAGAUCAUUAUUGAUAGUAGUUUAGACAAAUCCAGUAAUUACACAAAUAAAACUGCUUUAAGCCCGCCAAUUGUUUCUUUUUUU